AUGGUUGAAAAAUGUUAUAGAGUUGAUGUUUUGAAUGAGGAGCCAGUUCUCUUGGGGAGGGUCGUAAUGAGGCCUCAAGAUCCAAUGAUAGAAGCUCUUACAUGCAAAGAAGAGUUCCACUCUCAAGAGGCUAAAGAGUUUGUCAUGGAAAUGGAGGAAUCCUCAAAGGAGGAGGUUGAACAACAAGUUGAGAUCGAGCUUGAGUCCAAGGAGGAGAAAUUGGAGGAGAGUUCUAAGCCUCCUCCCAAUGUGAUUGUGUACACGGAUCAUAUUGUGGUGCGAUAUCUCAUGACUAAGAAGGAAGCAAAGCCUCGCCUAAUCCGUUGGGUUCUCUCUCUUCAAGAUUUUCAUAUGGAAAUGAGGGACAAAAAGGGAGUCGAGAACUACAUUGCGGAUCAUUUGUCUAGGCUACCUUUUGAGAACAAAGAUGAUGUACCAAUCAAUGAUGAGAUAGGAUUUGAAGCUCUCAUUACUAUGGCUUCAACAUGUAGCCCUUGGUGUCAAAGGAGUGGUGGCAUAACCAAAAGAGAUGAAAUGCCUCAACAAAAUGUCUUGGAAGUUGAUCCCUUUGAUGUAUGGGGAGUGGACUUUAUGGGGCCUUUCGUUUCUUCUUGUGGAAAUCUAUAUAUAUUGGUAGCGGUUGAUUAUGUGACGAAAUGGAUUGAAGCCAUACCCUCACCUGCCAACGAUCACAAGGUUGUGCUUAAGCUUCUAAAGAAGAUAAUUUUUCCUAGGUUUGGGGUUCCAAGGGUGCUAAUUAGUGAUGGAGGCUCCCAUUUUGCCAAAAAGCAAUUUGAAGCUCUUCUCAAGAGGUAUGGCGCUCAUCACAAGGUUAGAUUACCUUACCACCCUCAAACUCAAGGACAAGUAGAGGUCUCGAAUCGUGAAAUCAAAAAUCUUCUUGAAAGGAUAGUGAACAAAUCAAGGAAAGAUUGGUCUCUCAAACUUGAUGACACACUAUGGGAUCUUAGGACGGCGUACAAGACUCCAAUCGGCACGACUCCCUAUAGGUUGGUCUAUGGAAAGCCUUGUCACUUGCCGGUUGAGUUAGAAUACAAGGCUUGGUGGGCCAUCAAAGAACUCGAUAUGGAUUUAUCGUUGGCCGGUGAGAAGAGAUUGCUUAAGCUUAAUGAACUUGAAGAGCUUAGAGAUGAUGCUUAUGAGAGCUAA